CUCGCCGCAGGCAGGUCAUGACAAGCCAUGGAGUGGGUUGGAGGGAGAGAUGCUGGUGAACAGUGGUUCAAUGGGUACGGCAACAGGAACAAUGGUACAGGCAGUUAUUUCUGGACUAAAUAUGAUGGAUCAAAAUUGAGAGAUCAUGCGUUGCCAAGAAUUCAGAAAGAUUAUGCAAACCCAGUCCUCUUUGACACACUGAAAGUAGAUUCAUUUUAUACAGUGACUGUGCAAUUUGUUAAAAAUCCCUUUGAAUUCUGGGUUCAGACAGAGUUGGCUAUGGAUAGACAUGAUGCUAUGCAGAUGGAAAUGUCUGAAAUGUAUUACUGUGGAAGAGGAAAUGAUUUAACCAUACAAAGUCCAAAAGAGGGCAUUUUGUGUGCAGCCCUGAUCAAACCUGAUGGUAUCUAUCGUGCACUUGUCAAAGCAGUCCAUGGCACAAAAGUUCAAGUGUACUUUGUUGACCAUGGAAAUGAGGCAAUAGUGGAUCAGAAAAACCUCCGGAUCCUCUGCAGUGGUCACAGAACAUUGCAAGCACUUGCAUUCAAAUGCUCCCUCUCAGAUAUAUGCCCAAUUGAUCAAGAUUGGAGUCAAAAAGCAAUUGAUUUCUUUGUGGAUGAGACUAGACAGAUAAUGUUGGACAUGCAUGUUAUUGCACAGUGUCAAGACAAAUACAUGGUGGAGUUAUUUUUUAAGACUGAUGGUCUAAAAUCCAUCAAUGAAAUUAUGUGGGUUGAAGGCUUUGCAGUAAAAGAUGUGGCAGAUGACCGCUAUUCACCAAGACCAGACUCUGGGUGCUCCACAGCGGAGGGCUCUGGAGAAGACUCGACUGAGGGGGACAGCAUGAGAAGCAAUGAGCAAUGUGGUACAUGUGAUUUUGUGAUUGGUCAUACCAAAACUGUUCUCAAAGAGCAUUUAUUCACCAUAGGAAGGUCUGCCCAAGUUGUUAUAUCUCACAUAGAGGGGCCAGGUAAAUUCUGGUGUCAGCUAAGUCAGUGUGUCCCCAGUCUUGAGAGGCUGAUGGAGGAGCUUCAGAACCACUAUGUGCAAAGCAAGCCUGUACAGCCUAGUGGACCAGACUGUGUGGUUCUUCAUCCCCAAAGUAGUUUGUGGCAUAGGGGGCGAAUAGUGAAACUCCACUCCUUCCCACAUGUUGAUGUACAACUUGUUGACUAUGGCAAUACGGUCAGGGUGACCCAUCAAGAGUUGCGGCCUUUAGAUUCAGAUUUUGCCAUACUCCGGCGUCAGGCUUUUCAGUGCAGAUUGGUUGAUGCAACAUGCCCAUCAAAACUACCCCCUCCAGAAUGGGCUUCUUCUGUGACUGAAUUCUGCAAUUUUGUCCAUUCUGCACCAGCGUCCACUCUGAAAUGCACAAUAUAUGGAAUAAUGUAUGAUUCAGAAGGUAGAGUGAACAAUCUGGUGGAUCUAACAUCUUCAUCUGUCACUUUUGUUCAGUCCCAGAGUGCUUCAGCUUCCAUCUCUCAGAAAGCCCCAAAAGAGUGCUCAGCUCCUGAAAUUGAGGUAGGGUUGCAGGAAACGGUGUGGAUAACCUGUGUUAAAGAUGUACAUAAAUUCUAUGGCCAACUGGUAAGGCAUUCUGGUGAAAUUGAGAAACUCAACGAAAGGAUAGAAUUUUUCUGUCGUCAGCCACAUGGUAUCAAAUGCUCCCUUUCUCCUGGUACCCCAUGCUUUGCAAAGUACAGUGAUGGUCGGUGGUAUAGAGGACAGGUUAAAAUGACCCAUCCUGUCCUUUUGGUGCAUUUUCUAGACUAUGGAGACAUUAUAGCUGUAAAACAAACAGACAUACUGCCUGUUCUUGACGAGGCAAGGGAUAUCAUGUCCUUUCCUGUUCAAGCCGUGGAGUUUAAUUUGUCAGAUGUGCCUGUAGACACAAACGGUGAAGUCAACAGAUGGUUUGACAAUAAUGCCACUGGCCAAUGCUUCACAGUCAAGGUGUUGAAAAAAUAUCCUGACGGAAAAUACACAGUGGAACUCUAUGAUGGUAAACUAAACGUGAACAAGGCGAUCAAGGACAAGGUGCAAAAUACAAGACCAGACUCUCUCAAAGUACUAGAUCAUCCUCCACUGCCUCAUCAUGAUCCAUCUACUGUUGGAAAGCACAUGUCAGACCUGAAUGCACCAUUUAUAGGAGACGAUGGCAUUAAACAACAAGGGAGCCCAUCCUUUCUGCAUGGUGAUCGAAAAGCAACUCCUGCAAAUAGCAAUGUCUCUAAAAGUGGAAGUAUUUCUACCAUUCCUCCCAUGUCUCAAAAGCUUGAAAUGAGGCCUCAUAAGCCAAAUAUGGAGGAUUUCGGUAAGACUAAAUCUCUUGGCUUGCCAGUAAAAAAAACAAAUGAUGACAUGGCCAUGGGUGCCACAACUAAUUUAUGUACAACCAUUCAUGAUCUCCCACAGAUUGAAAAGCCUGUUUCUGCUAAAGGCAUCCAUGUUCAUUCUGGGCCAUGUUCUGCCUCCUUUCCCAAACUGGAUGAUCUUCCUGACCAACUUAUUACACCAGAUGUUGAAACGGAGGUCUAUGUUUCCCAUGUAAAUUCUCCAGACAGUUUCUUCGUCCAGUUGGUGGAGAAUGAAGACCGAAUUCAUUCUCUUGUGGAGCAGCUCAAUGUGGACGAGCCAUGCAAUGACUCUGUGGAUUUGAGGACUUUACAGGAGGGAGAUGUGGUGGGUGCCAUAUUCCCUGAAGAUGAGUCCUGGUACCGGGCAGUCAUCAAGAAGGUGAACAACAAUGGCUCAGUCCUUGUGGAAUUCAUCGAUUUUGGUAAUGAAGCAACUAUUGCGUCUAACCAGACGAGAUGCCUAGAGAAGAAUUUCCUGGAAGUUCCUAAACUCUGUAUCCACUGCUGCCUGUAUGCUGGUUCCAGUUUACUGUCUGCUGAAGAAUUAAUGAUUAAAUUGAGAGAAACAACUGCUGAUGGAGAAGCGACGAAAAUGAACUGUGUUUUCAUUAAAGAGUUUGGCCUUGCCUGGGAGAUCCGUCUGAGUUCAAUGGCAGAAUCAAGCGAAGAUCCGAAGAUUCUGCAGUGAUUGUUCUGUGAGUAAACAUCAGUGUUGGAACCAGCAACAGGCAGCAUCACCUUCUAAUUGGAUGAAAAGGGUAGUCAUCGGGAUCAAAAUUCAACAGCAACCUCUUUAAUUAACAUGUCUUGAAUAUUCUGUCUUGAAUUAUUAUAUUUCUAAAGGCACUUUGCAUGAUUCAAAUGACAAAAAGCUAUGACAAACGUUUAAUAUGUAUGUGGAAAUUUAAAUCAGACACUUGAGUGCUAUCCAUUUUAAAGUAAGCUGUUGAUUGUGGCUGAACAUGAAAUGUUUAAAUAAAAGCUAAUGUGUAUAACGUCUGAGUUUUCAGUCUUUAGGCC